UAAUGGCGUCGGCGAGUCUGGAGGGCUUGGGCGGCCAGCGCCGGAGAUUUUGCCAGGUUGGCUGCUGACGAACUGUGCGGCCGGACCCCGCGGCAGCGGGAGGGACCUGCCCGCCUUGUGGGCUCCUCGGCCAGAGCCGCUGGAGCCUAGCGGGGCGGGGCGACCGGGGGGGGGGGCGCCUCGGAGAGGAGCCGCGAGAGUUGCGAGGAGGCUGCGGGGGGCGCUCGGGUACGCUGUGGGUUCGUAGUCCAGGCCGGGCCGAGCCCCCGUGGAGCCCAGGAGGCGCGCUGAGGAAGGGCCGGAGGCGCUCUGAGGGAGCUGCCGGUCGCCCGAAGGAGCUGACCGUGCUGGAGUUCGUUUGCGCCGCCCAAAUUGGAUUGUAGUUUGGUGGAUCAUGUCCGGCACCAACAGCCCCGAGGCAGUGAAGAAGCUGCUGGAGAACAUGCAGAGCGAUUUACGGGCCUUGUCCCUGGAAUGCAAGAAGAAAUUCCCACCUGUCAAAGAGGCUGCUGAAUCAGGAAUAAUAAAAGUUAAAACAAUAGCUGCACGAAACACCGAAAUUUUGGCAGCUUUGAAAGAGAACAGCUCAGAGGUUGUUCAGCCGUUCCUAAUGGGUUGUGGAACCAAGGAGCCGAAGAUUACUCAGCUGUGUUUGGCCGCCAUUCAGAGACUCAUGUCCCAUGAAGUCGUGUCUGAGACUGCAGCUGGAAAUAUAAUUAAUAUGCUUUGGCAGCUAAUGGAAAACAGUCUUGAAGAACUUAAGCUGCUUCAAACAGUUCUUGUUCUUUUAACAACCAAUACGGUAGUUCAUGAUGAGGCACUUUCUAAGGCAAUUGUUCUUUGUUUUCGACUACACUUCACAAAAGAUAAUAUUACAAAUAAUACAGCUGCUGCUACAGUGCGACAAGUUGUUACUGUUGUUUUUGAGAGGAUGGUUGCUGAAGACGAACGGCACCGAGAUAUUAUAGAACAACCAGUACUGGUCCAAGGAAACAGUAACAGAAGAUGUGUCAGCACCCUCAAACCUUGUGCUAAAGAUGCAUAUAUGCUUUUCCAGGAUCUUUGUCAGUUGGUUAAUGCUGAUGCCCCUUACUGGCUAGUAGGCAUGACAGAAAUGACUCGAACAUUUGGCCUUGAAUUACUUGAGUCAGUCCUGAAUGAUUUUCCACAGGUCUUUUUACAACACCAAGAGUUUAGUUUCCUUCUCAAAGAAAGGGUAUGUCCUCUUGUGAUAAAACUCUUUUCUCCAAAUAUAAAGUUCAGACAAGGUUCCAGCUCUUCAUCUUCUCCAGCACCAGUUGAAAAACCGUAUUUUCCUAUCUGCAUGCGUUUGCUGAGAGUAGUAUCUGUUCUGAUUAAGCAAUUUUACAGUCUUUUGGUAACUGAAUGUGAGAUAUUUCUGUCACUUCUGGUGAAAUUUCUGGAUGCAGAUAAACCACAGUGGCUACGAGCUGUUGCAGUAGAAUCUAUACACAGACUCUGUGUGCAGCCUCAGCUAUUAAGGUCAUUUUGUCAGUCCUAUGAUAUGAAACAGCAUUCUACCAAGGUUUUUCGUGAUAUUGUAAAUGCCCUGGGAUCUUUUAUCCAGUCAUUGUUUCUUGUCCCUCCUACUGGAAAUCCUGCUACAACAAACCAAGCUGGAAACAAUAACUCAGGGGGCCCUGUCUCAACACCAGCUAACUCAGGAAUGUUGGGGAUUGGUGGAGGUGUUACUUUGCUACCAGCAUUUGAAUAUAGAGGAACUUGGAUACCUAUUCUGACUAUAACAGUACAAGGCAGUGCAAAAGCCACCUACCUAGAGAUGUUGGACAAAGUUGAGCCCCCAACUAUACCAGAAGGUUAUGCUAUGUCUGUGGCAUUCCACUGUUUGCUAGACCUUGUACGUGGAAUCACUAGUAUGAUUGAAGGAGAGUUAGGAGAGGUUGAAACAGAAUGUCAGACUACCACUGAAGCAGCUUCUUCACCAACACAGUCAUCAGAACGGCAAGAAUCACAGUCAACGUCAGACCAAAUGGAUAAGGAAAUAGUCAGUAGAGCUGUUUGGGAAGAAAUGGUGAAUGCCUGCUGGUGUGGUUUACUUGCUGCUCUCUCACUCCUUCUUGAUGCCAGCACAGAUGAAGCUGCCACUGAGAAUAUUUUAAAAGCUGAACUGACUAUGGCUGCUCUUUGUGGAAGACUGGGCCUUGUAACUUCAAGAGACGCCUUUAUAACUGCAAUAUGCAAAGGUUCCCUGCCCCCCCAUUAUGCUCUUACUGUGCUGAAUACCACCACCGCAGCCACGCUUUCCAACAAAUCAUAUUCCAUUCAGGGCCAGAGUGUUAUGAUGAUAAGUCCAUCAAGUGAAUCUCACCAGCAAGUUGUGGCAGUUGGUCAACCUCUGGCAGUCCAGCCUCAAGGAACAGUAAUGCUCACUUCCAAAAAUAUCCAGUGUAUGAGGACUUUACUUAACUUGGCACACUGCCAUGGAGCUGUUCUUGGAACAUCAUGGCAACUUGUCUUGGCGACCCUACAGCAUCUUGUAUGGAUUCUGGGAUUAAAGCCUAGUAGUGGUGGUGCCUUGAAACCUGGGAGAGCUGUAGAAGGACCCAGUACAGUUCUCACAACAGCAGUGAUGACAGAUUUACCAGUGAUUUCCAAUAUACUUUCAAGAUUGUUUGAAAGCUCACAGUAUCUUGAUGAUGUAUCAUUGCAUCAUUUAAUAAAUGCACUUUGCUCCUUAUCCCUAGAAGCAAUGGAUAUGGCCUAUGGAAAUAAUAAGGAACCAUCUCUUUUUGCUGUUGCCAAAUUGUUAGAAACUGGUCUAGUUAACAUGCACCGAAUAGAAAUUCUUUGGAGACCUCUAACUGGCCAUCUACUUGAGGUGUGCCAGCAUCCAAACUCUCGAAUGAGAGAAUGGGGAGCAGAAGCUUUAACUUCACUUAUUAAAGCAGGAUUAACAUUUAGUCAUGAUCCUCCACUUUCACAAAACCAGAGACUACAGUUGCUUUUAUUGAACCCAUUGAAAGAAAUGUCCAGUAUUAACCAUCCAGAUAUCCGACUUAAGCAAUUAGAAUGUGUGUUACAGAUUCUUCAGAGUCAGGGAGACAGUCUUGGGCCUGGAUGGCCAUUAGUGCUUGGAGUCAUGGGAGCAAUCAGAAAUGAUCAAGGAGAAUCCUUGAUACGAACUGCAUUCCAGUGUCUUCAGUUGGUUGUGACAGAUUUUCUACCAACAAUGCCUUGCACAUGCCUGCAGAUUGUUGUAGAUGUAGCAGGUAGCUUUGGACUUCAUAACCAAGAACUUAAUAUUAGUUUAACUUCAAUAGGUUUAUUGUGGAAUAUUUCAGAUUAUUUUUUCCAAAGAGGGGAAACUAUUGAAAAAGAAUUAAAUAAAGAAGAGGCAGCACAGCAAAAACAGGCAGAAGAAAAAGGAGUGGUUUUAAAUCGGCCCUUCCACCCUGCACCACCGUUUGAUUGCUUGUGGCUGUGUCUUUAUGCAAAAUUGGGUGAACUAUGUGUGGACCCCCGUCCUGCUGUGAGGAAAAGUGCAGGGCAAACUCUGUUUUCAACAAUUGGUGCACAUGGAACUUUGUUACAGCAUUCAACAUGGCAUACUGUUAUUUGGAAGGUUCUCUUUCAUCUAUUGGAUCGAGUUCGGGAAUCUUCUACCACUGCAGACAAAGAAAAGAUUGAGUCUGGAGGUGGGAAUAUUCUCAUUCAUCAUUCAAGGGACACAGCAGAGAAGCAGUGGGCAGAGACCUGGGUUUUAACAUUGGCCGGAGUAGCAAGAAUCUUUAACACUAGAAGAUAUUUACUGCAACCUUUAGGAGAUUUUUCAAGAGCAUGGGAUGUUCUUCUUGACCAUAUACAAUCAGCUGCACUCAGCAAAAACAAUGAAGUAUCUCUGGCUGCCCUGAAAAGCUUCCAGGAAAUUUUACAGAUUGUGUCCCCCGUCAGAGACUCAGAUAAGCCCGAGACACCACCUGCAGUUAAUGUACCUGUGCCUGUCCUGCUAGGGUCCAUAUCAGGCCCUGGCCUGAACAGACCGUUUGUAAGAACAGAUUCCAUUGGAGAGAAACUUGGACGAUACAACAGCUCUGAGCCACCCAUAGUUACUGAUGAGCUUGAAGAUUUGAAUCUCUGGUGGGCUGCGUGGAAUACCUGGUAUAGAAUUGGAUCAGAAAGCACUAAGCCUCCUGUUACUUUUGACAAAUUGACUUUCAUCCCCAGCCAGCCUUUCCUUACAGCUUUAACUCAGAUAUUCCCAGCUCUCUACCAGCACAUAAAGGCUGGUUUCAGCAUGGGCGACUUGCAGAAGCUGGGAGUCACACUGCAUAGUGCUGUGUCAGUCCCCAUAAGUUCAGACGCGUCCCCUUUCAUUCUUCCAUCUUAUACUGAAGCAGUUUUGACAAGUUUACAAGAAGCUGUGCUUACAGCUUUAGAUGUUCUCCAGAAGGCGAUCUGUGUAGGGCCAGAAAACAUGCAGAUAAUGUAUCCAGCUAUAUUUGACCAGUUACUGGCAUUUGUGGAAUUUUCCUGUAAACCUCCACAGUAUGGACAGCUGGAAACAAAGCACAUUGCAAAUGCAAAAUAUAAUCAGAUCCAACUAUUUGCACCGGCGGAAUGGGUAGCCUUGAAUUAUGUACCGUUUGCUGAAAGGUCUUUAGAAGUAGUUGUGGAUUUAUACCAAAAAACAGCCUGUCACAAAGCAGUGGUGAAUGAGAAAGUACUCCAGAAUAUUAUUAAGACCCUUAGGGUUCCUCUCAGUUUGAAAUAUUCCUGCCCUUCUGAAAGCACAUGGAAACUAGCAGUAUCUUCUCUCCUCAAAGUCCUUUCUAUUGGGCUACCUGUUGCCCGGCAGCAUGCUUCUUCUGGAAAAUUUGACAGUAUGUGGCCAGAACUAGCCAAUACUUUUGAAGACUUUCUCUUUACUAAAAGCAUACCUCCAGAUAAUCUCUCUAUUCAAGAAUUUCAGAGAAAUGAAAGUAUUGACGUUGAGGUAGUUCAGCUUAUCAGCACUGAGAUACUACCUUAUGCCAAUUUUAUUCCUAAGGAAUUUGUUGGUCAGAUAAUGACUAUGCUUAAUAAGGGCUCAAUACAUUCUCAGUCAUCUUCAUUUACAGAAGCAGAGAUUGAUAUUCGUUUGAGAGAGGAAUUUUCGAAAAUGUGUUUUGAAACAUUGCUCCAGUUUUCCUUCAGUAACAAAGUCACAACACCUCAAGAAGGCUAUAUCUCACGAAUGGCACUCUCAGUACUUUUAAAGAGGUCUCAAGAUGUACUUCAUCGCUAUAUAGAGGAUGAAAGAUUAAGUGGUAAAUGCCCUCUUCCAAGGCAACAAGUAACAGAAAUUAUAUUUGUUUUAAAAGCAGUCAGUACUCUCAUUGAUUCACUUAAGAAAACUCAGCCUGAGAAUGUUGAUGGAAAUACCUGGGCACAAGUGAUUGCUUUAUACCCAACUCUAGUCGAAUGCAUCACCUGCUCAUCUGCAGAAGUCUGCUCUGCACUUAAAGAGGCACUCGUUCCUUUUAAGGAUUUCAUGCAGCCACCAGCAUCCAAAGUUCAAAAUGGAGAAUCUUGACCAGCUAUAAUAAUUUUAAAGAAGAAAGAUUAUCUAAAGACUGUUUGAUCCUCAGUGAGUCUUCUAUGAGAAGGACAUUUCUUACUACCAAUAAUUCUUGGCAGCUGUUGUUCGCCUCCUUUAAAUUGUACUUACCUGAGUUCAGUAAUUCAUAUUACAAGCUUACAUGUCAACAAAGGCUCCUGAGUGAGCAGCGGUGGAAGCCUUUAGUAGGUUAAACUGAUGGAGAGUUAGUACUGCAACAUACCUGCUACUGUAUCUUCAGUUGGUGAUUUAAAAGUGAGCUUAUGUACAGUUUGUGGUAUAUGUGUUAAUGAUGUACUUUUUAAAAAGAAAGAAAAGAUAUUUCAUUCAGUCAGAUUUAUUAGGCUGGUGUUUUUGCACCCUUUUUCAAGUACAAAUUGUACUAAAAUUUUAUGCAAGAUGGUACUGUAACAUUCCAUAUUAUCUAUAACCAGCCUUUGUAAACAAAGGGAACUGAUAAACUUGUGUGUAUAAUAAAUGGUACAGUUCUGUAUAAAAUAGUUGCAUUUAUUAUUUAAAUUUUUAAAAUAUUGAUAAUGUUAAAUGCUUGAAGCUGUAUUUAUUAUUAAUACAAAAUUGUUUGCUUUCAUUUUUACUUAUAAUUUGCCUUCUUAAGCGGCAGGUAUGCUUACCAUAUGAUCAUGCAGUUAUCUUUAGUGCUUAUUUUAAAUGUAUUUACUAGUGACUAUUAAACAUCUGACCAGAAAGGUCAUGUGAACACAGCAGCAAAUAGUUUAUGAUUUGCUGAUUUUGCAACUUUGAAGUAUAGUUAUUAGCUUAAUACAUUGGGAUAUAUUGUAGCAUUCUGACUCCGUCAUACCUCAUUUCUUUAAAUAUCUUUCCCAGCUUUCACGUAAGUCUGUUUUUAUAUUUGGUGUUUGGAUUUUAAAGACUUUUCAUAUUAUAUUUCUACUGAUUUUCUUUUUCUCACUGACUAAGCAUUUAUCACUGUCUUUGAAUUAUGAUCCAGGCAAGAUGAUUCCAGAUUUCCUAAAUUUUGCCUGUGAAGUUUUGUUCAUUUCAGUGCUUCAUUUUGUAAUGUCUUCUCAAGAAAAAAAAUAACUAUGCCAACCCAUAAAUAUAAAAUGUGUGUGUGUUCUAAAACAAUGAGAAAUGUAUUUUUGGAGACAGUGAAGCAUUUAGAAGUACAGUAAACUUUCUGUCAUGGA